AUGGGUCGUCCAAAGAUUAGCGUUGCCGCUGUCGGGCUGUCGGCGGCUACAGGCAUGACGGUAGCGGUCGUUUCAAUGAUGGCGUACUUUCGUUUUCAGCAUCCACAAGAGUUUGUGGAUGCUACAAUUCGAAUGACACAUCCAGAGCUGACAAGUGAUGUGAACCGCAAGUGGGGCCUUUUUGGAACUGGCAUUAUGGACUCUGUGCCGCAGAGCGUCAGAAAUCUAUUCCACGUGCCCGACAUGGCCGAGCGCUUUGAAAUGCAAAAGAAAAAACGGGAUGAGCAGAUUCGUCAAACUAUCGAGGACUUACGCCCUAAGGGCAAGUAG